UCUAUCAUCUCAGCUUGCUUUCCAUCUCCCUCUCGAGACAAAGCAAGCAAUCUCUCUCUCUCUCUCUCUCUCUCAAUUUUAUUUUUAUUUUUUUCUUUUCAAUUAGAAUAAAAUUCCAGUUUUACCCAUCUACCUACAACCACACAAGAUGCAAUCCCUCCACUCCACCAACCCCACGACCACCAUCCGCAACGUCCUCGACCAUCCAUCCAAGCCGUCCCGAAUCCCGACGCGCAUCCUCCUCUCCCUCUCCCGCCCCGAUCCCUCAUCCACAUCCUCUCCCGGCUCCGUCUCCAGCCGCGCCGACUGGCUCAGCUCCUGUGCCAUCCUCGCCAGCAAGGUCUCAAUCCUCUCCCAGCAGCAAGAGGCCCAAAAAUCUAACGGCCCAGAUCUAUCUUCUUCCGUCAACGGCCACCACCACCCAACCCUAGACCUCGUCCCCAUCGACGCCCGUCCCAAACCCCUCUCCAUUGCCGACCUCUCCCCAGCACCGAUGCAUGGCUCCCAGCUCCGCGUGGCCUACCAAGGCGUACCUGGGGCCUACUCCGAGGCAGCCGCUGGCAAGGCCUACCCAAAUUGCGAGGCGAUCCCCUGCGAUCAGUUCGAAGUCGCAUUCCAGGCCGUCGAGCUCUGGAUCGCGGACCGCGCCGUCCUCCCUGUCGAAAACUCCCUCGGCGGCAGCAUCCACCGCAAUUACGACCUCCUCCUCCGCCACCGCCUCCACAUCGUCGGCGAGGUUCAGUUACCCGUCCACCACUGCCUCCUUGCACUCCCCGGCGUCCGCAAGGAGUACCUUACACGCGUCAUCUCCCAUCCCCAAGCUCUCGCCCAGUGCGAGCACACCCUCACCAAGCUCGGACUCAACGUCGCUCGCGAGGCCGUCGACGACACCGCUGGCGCCGCUGAAUUCGUCGCCAACAACGACCUCCGCGACACCGCUGCCAUCGCCAGCGCCCGUGCCGCUGAUCUCUAUGGCCUCAACAUCCUCGCAGACGGCAUCCAGGACGACUCCAGCAACGUCACCCGCUUCGUCAUGCUAGCCCGCGAGCCCAUCAUCCCCAGGACCGAUCGCCCGUUCAAGACCAGCAUCGUCUUCGCCCAUGACAAAGGCACCUCCGUCCUCUUCAAGGUACUAUCCGCCUUCGCCUUCCGCAACAUCAGCCUCACCAAGAUCGAGAGCCGGCCCCACCGCAAUCGCCCGAUCAGGCUCGUCGACGACGCCAAUGUCGGGACCGCUAAGCACUUUGAGUACAUGUUCUAUGUCGAUUUCGAGGCCUCCAUGGCAGAGGUUCGGGCCCAGAAUGCCCUGGCGGAGGUGCAGGAAUUCACUUCCUUUCUCAGGGUGCUAGGCAGCUACCCCAUGGACAUGACGCCGUGGACCCCGCGGGAAUGAGAAAUUUCUUAGAUUCAAAUUCAAAUUCAAAUCAAAUUGGAAUGAAAUUGAAAUUCGGCUGUACUACUCUCUUUUUUUAUUUCUUCUUCUUCUUCUUCCUUUUUUUUUUUUUUUUUUUUCUUCUUUUUUUAAAUGGGAUGUGGAAUAUUAUCACCAAACAAGCAAAUGUGGGUAUAAUAUUGUGAUUUGUUCAUGUUAUAAUAUGUACCUUUUUUAUUGUAAUUUGGUGAAUUUUUACGUGUAUUUAUAUUUGUGGAAGGAAAUGAUUUUAAAGGGUAGAAAGAAAAAACAAA